AUGGCUGAUAUUCAAGACUUUACAGAGUUCUACUCAGAUACUAUGAUAAUUGAAAUUCCUUGGAGGGGAGAUUACUUCACAUGGACAAAUGGACAAAUAGAAGUGGAUAGAGUAAUUAGCAGAAUCGAUAGAGCUUUGGGGAAUGGUGAAUGGAUGAUGAAGUUUAGGUAUCUAACAGUGGAAAUUGGAGAUCCAUUUAUAUCAGAUCAUUCCCAUCUAUCAUUGAGAUUUCAAAAAAGAAAUAACAAUAUCAAAAUACCUUUUAGGUUCUUGAAUGUUUGGGCUGACCAUGAGGCAUAUCAAAGUAUUGUUACUAAGGGAUGGCAAGGGAAGCAGCAAUACUGCAAGCUAGUAACUAUCUGGAACAGAUUGAAAGCUAUGAAAAUAGACUUUAAGAAUUUGAAUAACAAGAAUUUUAGGGAUUCAGCAAUGAAAAUUGAACAAGGAAGAAGAGAUAUAAUUGAAUGCCAACAAGAAAUGAAGAAAGGAUACACAUACCAACUAAGGAUAAUGGAGAAGGAAGCUAGACACCAGUUAGGAAAAUGGUCACUUAUUGAAGAAAAGAUACUUCAACAGAAAUCAAGAGCCCAAUGGAUCAAUAUAGGUGAUGGAAACAACAAGUACUUCUUUGCAGUGAUGAAAGAAAGAGCAUGA